AAGGUGGUCAGGGAGUCUGAACUACAAAUCCCAGAAUGCCCCGCGAUGGCGGCGGCUCAGGGAGGGGCGUUGCGGAGGAGGGGCGGUGAGCGGCGGGCCAGAGGGCCAAUGGAAGUGAGAAGCCGUCCGGCGCGGCGGCUGCAUGGGGGCGGAGCCUGCGUCAGGGCGGAGCUUGCGUCUAGGGGCGGGCUCUUUCCGGAGGGGCGGAGCUUCUGCGGCUCCCUCGCUGGGGGCCGGUGGCGGUCCCGGCUUCCGGCUGCCGCCCCUCCCCUCCUGUUGUGUAACCGUCCCUAGGCCCCCCCCCUCCUCCGAUUCGAUAUUUUUUAUUUUAUUUUUUCCCCUUUCCGUUUAGUUCCGGACGCUCCGGGACGAGGAGAAAGGUUCCUUCGCAAGACAGGACGUUCCCUCCCCGGGGGAGGGUGUGGUGUCGGGGGCCUCGGGGCUUCAGGCGAGGCCGGGGAUGCGCGGCCUGGCGCGGGCCGGGCCGGGCGCGGGGGAGGUGACGGGCGGACCCAGAUCCGGGGUAAUUUGCAUCGCCCUCCCCCCAGCCCGGGUGGGGAUUGGCCGGGCGGCAGCGGAGGGUGGCGCGGGGCCGGGCUCAGCGUCGCCCGCCGGGGCUCGGAGCCGCCAGCCCGCCGCAGCCAUCGUCACGGUCGCCGGGGCCCGCGCGCCGCCCGGGAAGGAGGUGUCGGCGCGGAAGAUGGCUGGCGGCGUGGACGGCCCCAUCGGGAUCCCGUUCCCGGACCACAGCAGCGACAUCCUGAGCGGCCUGAACGAGCAGCGGACGCAGGGGCUGCUGUGCGACGUGGUGAUCCUGGUGGAGGGCCGCGAGUUCCCCACGCACCGCUCGGUGCUGGCCGCCUGCAGCCAGUACUUCAAGAAGCUGUUCACGUCGGGCGCCGUCGUGGACCAGCAGAACGUGUAUGAGAUCGACUUCGUGAGCGCCGAGGCGCUGACGGCGCUCAUGGACUUCGCCUACACCGCCACGCUCACGGUCAGCACGGCCAACGUGGGCGACAUCCUGAGCGCCGCCCGGCUGCUGGAGAUCCCGGCCGUGAGCCACGUGUGCGCAGACCUGCUGGAGCGCCAGAUCCUGGCGGCCGAUGACGCGGGCGACGCGGGCCAGCCCGACGGGGCGGGCCCCACGGACCAGCGCAACCUGCUGCGCGCCAAGGAGUACCUGGAGUUCUUCCGCAGCAACCCCAUGAACAGCCUGCCCCCCGCCGCCUUCCCGUGGUCCGGCUUCGGGGCCCCCGAGGACGACCUGGACACCACCAAGGACGCCGUGGCCGCCGCCGUGGCCGCCGUGGCCGCCGGGGACUGCAACGGCUUGGACUUCUACGGCCCGGGGCCCCCGGCCGAGCGGCCCCCCGCGGGUGACGGGGACGAGGGUGACAGCACCCCGGGGCUGUGGCCCGAGCGGGAUGAGGAUGCCCCUGCCGGGGGGCUCUUCCCGCCGCCCGCCGCCCCGCCGGCCACCACGCAGAAUGGCCACUACGGCCGCGCGGGGGCCGCGGAGGAGGAGGUGGCGUCACUGUCGGAGGCGGCCCCUGAGCCCGGCGACUCCCCGGGCUUCCUGUCGGGCGCAGCGGAGGGCGAGGACGGCGACACCGCCGACGUGGACGGGCUGGCGGCCAGCACGCUGCUGCAGCAGAUGAUGUCGUCGGUGGGCCGGGCCGGGGACAGCGACGAGGAGUCGCGCGCCGAUGACAAGGGUGUCAUGGACUACUACCUGAAGUACUUCAGCGGCGCCCACGAGGGCGACGUGUACCCGGCCUGGUCGCAGAAGGGCGAGAAGAAGAUCCGGGCCAAGGCCUUCCAGAAGUGUCCCAUCUGCGAGAAGGUGAUCCAGGGCGCAGGCAAGCUGCCCCGCCACAUCCGCACGCACACGGGCGAGAAACCCUACGAGUGCAACAUCUGCAAGGUUCGGUUUACCAGGCAGGACAAACUGAAGGUUCACAUGCGGAAGCACACGGGCGAGAAGCCGUACCUGUGCCAGCAGUGCGGCGCGGCCUUCGCGCACAACUACGACCUGAAGAACCACAUGCGGGUGCACACGGGGCUGCGCCCCUACCAGUGCGACAGCUGCUGCAAGACCUUCGUGCGCUCCGACCACCUGCACAGACACCUCAAGAAGGACGGCUGCAACGGGGUCCCCUCGCGACGCGGCCGCAAGCCCCGCGUGCGGGGCGUGCCCCCCGAUGUCCCCGCCGGGGCCGCCGCGCCCCCCGGGCUCCCCGACACCCCGCGCAACGGCCAGGAGAAGCACUUUAAGGACGAGGAUGAGGACGAGGACGAGGCCAGCCCCGACGGCUCGGGCCGUCUGAAUGUAGCGGGCAGCGGCGUUGGUGAGGACGGCACGGGUGGCCCCGCGGCGGCCGCCCCCGAGGGUAACUUUGCAACCUGACUCUAUUCGGAACAGAACACCACAAACCAAAAAACAAAACAAAACAAACUAAGAGAGAGAAGAGAAACCACACCCACCCCAGCACCACAGCUGUCUGUCCAGACUCCCUCCAUCCAUCCACGCGCGGACCUGUGUGCGUGUAUAUAUCCACGGCCGUUGCGGGCGCCUGCCUUUCUCAGAUUCUUAGGACGUGGCCCCACCCGCUCCCGUGCCCCUCACCCCGUCCGCGUGGGGUCCCACCCGGGGCCCCCCUGCCUGCUCCUGGCUAAGGUGAGGGUGAUGGGGACCCCAGGACAGGUGCCCGGCUCCUUGCUGGUUGGUUUUAGGGGUCUCAGACAGACCUUAAAUGCUGUGUCCACUGUGAGUGGACGUUAAAAUGGUCCCCGGCUCCCCACCCUCCUUCCUCAGGGCACUUACUAAAGGGGGGUGUCCCCCCGCCUCCCUGCUCCCAUCCUGCCUGUGGCCUCACACCUCUGCACACCCCACCCUGGCCACCACUGACAUACAAGUCUAUUUAUUCCCAAGCCUGGGUGGCCAGAGCUGGGAUUUGGGGGGCCGCCGGGUCCCGCCAUCCUUUCACGGCACUUAACACCUGGCGGGGUCCUCAGGGCCACUGCUCAGGGCGACCCCCCCAACCCUCCUGUCUCCGCUAGCCCGACCCCACCCCGUGUUCAGAGAUUAAAAAUUCGUCUUCACCCUGCGCCCCACUUUUUAAAGCACUUUUUAGAUCUCUUUCCCCUUUUCCUCCUUACAGACAGUUUAUAUAGAGAUAUAUAUAGAGAGAUAUAUAUAAAAUAUUCUUUCCCUCAGAGGAGCCGGCAGCAGUUUUGGGGGGGGCAUAGCCAAGAUCGGGGGAACCCCAGGGACUCAGGCAGGGACAGGGAGAGCAAGAGAGGCCACAGCUUAAUGUCACAAAACAGCAAUAAAACCCCAAGAUUUUACUAAACACGAAGGGAGAACACAAAAACUUUAAAAAAACAAAACAAAACAAAAACACAGCAAAAGCGGAGACAGCCAGGUGGGGAUCUUGGCACUUUGUAACUGAACGGGUACUUUUCAUUCUUAAGAAAUGUUUACAAGUUGCACCCAGCUUCUAUGAAAAAUUGGAGAGAGAGAGAGAGCGAGAGAGCGAGCGCGAGAGAGCAAGCGGUGGAAAGUAACUAAGUCAAUUUAUUUUUGUAUAAAAUAAAAGAAACCCAACCCUUUGCUCCGGUGGGAUGCACGUGUGUUCCCGAGGCUCAGGGCGGGGAGGCCAGGACGCCGCGGGGAGGGACCCCGGGUCCCCAGUCUGCCGGGCGCCCCGCCCCGCCGGAGACGCAGGCCCCCUCCGGCUCGCCAUUGCUCCCCAGCUCAGGGAUGUCCCGAGAGGGCUGGUCCCGGCCAGCCAGGCCGGCCCCGUGUGGUGGCCCCCAGGCACCCCUCUUUUUACUAAGGCACUGACUGUCCGGGCCGGCACCUGGCCCCUCGCCCCAAACUCCGGCUUCCCCCCAAAGGCCCGGUGUGACCGAGCCACAGGCCACGGACAGGGCCGGGGUUCGGGUCGUGGCUGCCGGGUGCCGGGCCCUGCGAGGGCACACGCCGCCGCCGGCGCGGGUGGGGUCCCGUGUCCCACGGCCUGUGGACGAAUGUCUUCUUGGGUUCCAAAGGGAAGCUCGGUGAGAAGGCCGCUUUCCAGUCCAGCAGAGGCUUUCCUGUCGCCCCUCCUGUCCUGCGAGUCCCCCCAGAUGUCUCAGGGUCCCCCCUUGGGGCCAGCGGGAGGGGCAGGCCAAGGGGCGGGGUGGUGCUGGCUCCCGCACCCCACUCCACGGCCGGGACCGAGCUGCAGGCCCGGCAGCCCCGACCCUCCACCCUGCAAUAAAACCAACCUUGGCCGCACGUCAUCCCGGCGGGGCCGCCGACCCGGGGCCCUCGGGGCCGCGGGCGACAGGGCCGCCCCUCGGGAAUUGCACUAACCCCCGCCCCGCCCGGCCCCGCUUCCGCGCCCCCGCCGCCUCCGCCCGCCCGCCCGCCCGCCUUGCCUUAACCGCCAGCCCGUCCCGGGCCGCAGCCACCGCAUGGGCCCCGCCGGACGCCUCCCCAAGGCCCGCCCCCGCCCCCACACUGCAAUCACAUGCUGUACAUAGAAUGUGGAUCGAUUUUUACAAAUUUUUAUUCUUUAAAUUAAGGCCGUGAUAAAAGUUGCCAAAGAGAAUUGUGGAAUUCACUAGAGGUUUGAGCGGAGGGUGCUGUAGGAAGGAUUUUGUUCGGUUGUUUGGGGGUUCAUUUGUGUGUGUGUGUGUGUGUGUGUGUGUGUGUGUGUGUGUGUGUUUUGUUUUUUUCUUUUUUAAAUGCCUGGUACCAACAACAACAACAAUAACAAAUAGGAAAAAAAAAAAAGAGACAACAAAUUCGUUACUUCCAUUAUGGUGAAUUUCCGUGUGUGUGAGUGAGACAGAGAGGGUUCCGGGGACCCCAGGACUGGCGCGGGGACGCGGCCUGCAGCUGUCCCCAGCCUGUGACCUGAGCAUAGGCCACCCCUGCCGAGUAGCUGCUGCUCUUUGCCUUCCUACCCCUACUGGCCUUUCGAGAUUAAGAAAAAAUAAAAUAAAAUAAAAAGGCAAAAAAAUAAUAAAAAUGAAAAAAAUCUCUAUAUAUAGAAACCAAUGAAUGUAAACGGCAGCCGUGGCCUGCCGUGGCCCGCCGUGGCCUGCCGUGGCCCCGCCAAGCUGGGCUGGAUUGGGCAGAACCAAAGUGGGCUGCCCUGGGGUGGUCGCUCGGGAGGACCCCCCGGCGGCCCCCACCUUGUCACUCUGUUUGAGCACGGCUGCCUUCCUCGAGGGGUGCUCUGGCGGGUCCCCUGGGUGGGCGGCCGCACAGUGCAGGUGGGCCCCAGGCCGGCUGUUCAGGGUCUCCUCGGUGUCCACAGUGCGAGUAGCAGGGAUUAAAAGGGGGACACAGGCUGAGAGGAAAAACAGAAAAAAACAAAAAAAGACAAAAACCGACAAAAAAAUAAAAAAAGAGCAAAAUCCUAUUUUUUGAGAAAGAAAGAUAUUUAUAUUUGCAGUUUUAUUUUAAAAAGUUAUUUAAGCUGAGGAAACAGCCUUCCCGGGGUUCGGGGUGGCUGGCACCGGACGGGUCGGGGUCUUGGGGGGCUCCUCACCCCAGGAACGAUUAUCUCAGUUCAGAAUUAGCUCGCACUAAAUAUUGACUUACCUUGGUGGGGGGCAGGGGAGUUCAGGAGACAGAGGGCCAGGGGAGCCACGCCCCAGGCCCAGAACGAGGUGCCUUGGAUUUGGGGGGAGGGGGGUCCGGAGCACAGAACAGACAUUCCACUGACUGGAUGUAAGAAUCUUUAUAAAAAAGUGUGGGAGGCAGAACAAAACAAAUCAAUUGAUUUAAAAAAAAUGCACUUUUUGGGGGUGGGGGGGACAAGCUUUAAAAGUAAUAAAAAAGAAAAAAAUUAUGAAAACUCCGAAAAAAUAGAAUUCAUUUUUCUUGUACAUAAAAGAAAAAAACCCAACCACUAAAUGCAGCCUGUUAUGAUGUC